UGUUCUAUUUUACAAAGAAAAUAAAUCAGAAAUAAUAUAAAGGGAACUGAUUAAGUCACCUCUGUUCUAAAAUGUGAACCAGCCUUGCUUGCCAUUUGUGUUGCUCGUGCUGUGUUACUCUAUUCAGAGGCUCUUUUAACCAUUAAUCAUUCAUUAUCUGAAGACCACAGCCUCCCCAGAGAGGAAACACUGUCCGCUCAUAGAGAGAGCAGGAAGAAUCGACCGCACGUUAAACACAGAGGACAAACCCUCAGUGCUGCUCUGCAGGUCACGUUAAUGUUGGAGCAUUUCUCACACAGGUGAGUUUCCAGCCCAUGGAGCUGUCCUUGGUUUUGAACUGCGCCCCACAGAAAGUUCUUGUGCGCCUUGAGGAUGGAUUUAGAGAAUGAGCGGUUUAUUAAAGGGACAGUUUUAAAUUAAAAAAAAGUGAGUCCUAUCACUUGCUUGCUAUUUUAGCUGCUUUAUCUGAGCUUUUCCACCACCUUUCGCAAUGCUCCCUGCGCAGGAGGCGGCCAAAAUCUACCACACCAACUACGUGCGUAACGCCCGCGCCGUGGGAGUCCUGUGGACGGUUUUUACCAUCACCUUCGCCGUCAUCACCGUGGUAGUGUUCAUCCAGCCCUACUGGAUCGGGGACAGUGUCAACACCCCGCAGGCUGGAUACUUCGGCCUCUUCCACUACUGCAUCGGGAACGCGCUGACCUCGGAGCUCACCUGCAAAGGGAGCGCGCUGGACUUCGGCUCCAUCCCGUCCGGCGCUUUCAAGACAGCCAUGUUCUUCGUGGGGAUUUCCAUGCUGCUGGUGGUGGGAAGCAUCGUCUGCUUCAGCCUCUUCUUCUUCUGCAACGCGGGGAGCGUCUACAAGAUCUGCGCCUGGAUGCAACUGGCCUCCAGUACCUGCAUGGUGAUUGGCUGCAUGAUCUAUCCUGACGGCUGGGACUCGGAUGAGGUGAAGCGCAUGUGUGGCCAGCGGACCGACAAAUACACCCUGGGCAACUGCACCGUGCGCUGGGCCUACAUCCUGGCCAUCAUCAGCAUCAUGGACUCGCUCAUCCUCUCCUUCCUGGCCUUCAGCCUGGGAAGCCGACAGGACAAGCUGCUGCCAGAGGACUUCCAGGUGGAGGAAAAAGAUAAUGCUUAGACCCUCCUGUGGACAAGAGUGGAGUGAUGGUUGAGGCGCUACAAUGACAACCCGUUUACUGACUUGAGAAGAUUCAAAUGAUUUCCAGUGGUUCCAGAGUCAGUCACCAUUUAGAAAUAACUGGACUUAAUCCCGUCUACAAAAUGACGGCAGCUUAUUGAUAGAGUUCUGAAAACAUGAGAUGAGGCACUGUCCACCCUCAACUCCAGUGUCACAGCCUUAGUUUGCCUGAAAUUACAACUUUUAUGAACACAUUUUUUUAGAUGUACCGAUACAUUUUAGCCUUUAAUCUUAUUUGUAAAGCCGCUCAAAAUUUUAGAAUCAGAUCUCAUUAAGUGAUGACUGUUCCGAGUGGCAAUCUGAAAUGCUGAAAUAAAUGUUUAUUGUAAUUUCUCUCUGACAAUGUUAACCUGAAUUUUUUAUUUUUGUUUGGACUGGCUAUCAUAAACUGAGAGGGCAUCAAUCAUAUUUUUUUUAUUGUGCAUUUUCCCCCAGUAACCAGAUUAAUUUGUUGGCACUGAAAAUAUGCUUGCAUUGCCCAAAUGGAUACCGCAGUUUUGCACAAAUCUUGCUUCUUCAUUCUUGUGUGUUCGGAUAUUGAGUCGGUGAAUUAAUGCUGUGAUUUUUAACGACAGUUGUAGAGCAGCAAAAACAAACACAGUCCAGGUAGAUUUUGGAAAAGGUUUAUUCUUAUUACCUACAGAAAAAACUAUCAAAUGAAGAGGGGAGACACAGACAGAAGAGACUUUGUAGAAAAACAAGGAAAUGGUUUUUGAUGGGAUUCAAAGCAUUCUUACAAUAUUUAGUACAAUCUAUUAUUU